AAACUUCCGGGUUGGGUGAGCGUACACACGUGAGAGCAGCAGAAGCGUUUGCAGGAUGGACGGUAAAGUCAAGGAACAGAAGCGACAUCAGCAGAAACAUAGCGGACCCAAAGCAGAGAAGAAGAAGCUCAGGAAGCAGGGGGCCACCACAGAAGAAGAUGGACGCAAACGGAAUCCCAAAGCGUUCGCCGUACAGUCCGCUGUUCGGAUGGCCAAAACCUUCCACAGGUCUCAGGACAUCAAGACAAAGAAACAUCACAUCCCCCUGGUGGACCGGACUCCUCUUGAUCCCCCUCCCAUCGUCAUCGUCGUAGUCGCCCCUAAGGUGGGGAAGAGCACCCUGAUCCGCUGCCUGAUCAAAAACUUCACCCGACAGAAGCUGGGGGAGAUUCACGGGCCGGUGACCAUCGUGGCAGGUAAGAAGCGCCGCCUCACCUUCAUGGAGUGUAACAACGACAUCAACACCAUGAUCGACCUCGCUAAAGUCGCCGACCUGGUGUUGAUGCUGAUCGACGCCAGUUUUGGCUUCGAGAUGGAGACGUUUGAGUUCCUGAACAUCUGCCAGGUGCACGGGUUCCCUCGCAUCAUGGGCGUGCUGACUCACCUGGACUCGUUCAAGAACAACAAGGCCCUGAGGAAGACCAAGAAGAACCUGAAACACCGCUUCUGGACCGAGGUCUACCAGGGGGCCAAGCUGUUCUACCUGUCAGGGAUGGUGUUCGGAGAGUAUCAGACUCAGGAGGUGAAGAAUCUGGGCCGUUUCAUCUCGGUGAUGAAGUUUCGUCCUCUGGUGUGGCAGACGUCUCAUCCCUACGUGCUGGCUGAUCGCAUGGAGGACCUGACCGACCCAGAGAGGCUGAGGACGGACCCAAAGUGUGACCGCACAGUUUCACUCUACGGCUACCUGAGAGGGACAUACAUGAAGAACAAAGGCCAGGUCCACAUCCCCGGUGUGGGAGACUUCCAGGUGUCAGACGUGAACUUCCUGCCUGACCCGUGUUCACUGCCGGGCGCUCAGAAGAAGAGAGCUCUGAACGAGAAGGAGCGUCUGCUCUAUGCUCCCAUGGCCGGGGUCGGGGGGGUCGUUUACGAUAAGGACGCCGUUUACAUCGACCUGCCCGCUAGCCACGUCAAUCUGCAACAGGAGGAGGGGCGUCCCACCACGGAGCUGGUUCAGUCUCUUAUCGACACACACGCCACUCUGGACGCAAAGAUGGCCGCCAGUAAAGUGUCUCUGUUCAGCGGCUCGGCCACGCUGGAUUCUGCAGCCGUGGAGGAGCAGAGCGGAGAGGGGGCGGGGCUCCAGGAGACGCUUGUGUUAGACCCUCACACUCAGAGAGAGAGGAGGAAGGUGGUCUUCAAUAAGGGGGAGGAGGAGGAGGAGGAGGACGAUGAUGAAGAUGAAGAAGACGAUGACGACAGUGAGGACAGCGAUGAGGAUCAGGAGGAUGAAGACGGAGAUGAUCUGUCCGGGUUUCUGAAGAAGGCGAGAGCUGAAUCCGAUCAGGCGAGUCAGAACGUUCCUCCUCCGGAGAAGAAACAGAAGCUGGAGGAGACGAAGGAGGGAGGCGUGGAGGUGCCGGUGUUCGCUGACAGUGAGGACGAGCUGGAGAGGAGCGAUGAAGAAGAGGAGAGUGAUGAAGAGGAGGAGGAGGCCGGUAGAGCAGGAGACUCUGGACACUGUUCUGAGGAGGAGGAGGAGGAGGAGGAGAGUGAUGAAGAAGAUGACGACGAGUCAGGGGAGGAGGAUGAGGAGGGAGAGAAGGAGAACGAGGAGGAAGAGGAGGAGGAGGGCUCUCUGAGGUGGAAGGAGGGUCUGCAGCAGAAAGCCUCCCAGGCGUUUCUACGGCAACAAGAGGCUGCCCCCAACCUGAGGAAACUGGUGUACGGCUCAGUUUUAGGAGCUGAGACGGGGGAUGAAGAGGACGAGGAGGAGCUGGGCGGGCUGUUCAGAGUCAGCCGACCUCAGAAGAGUAAAAAGGUCACAGCAGACGCUAUCGACUGUUCACGCUUUAACCCCGACACGUCACAUGACUGGGACCUGGAGGAGAUGCUGAACUCCAUCAGAGACUGUUUUGUGACGGGGAAAUGGGAGGAGGGAGAGGAUGCUGAGACGCUGCUCAAACAGGAUGAGGAGCUGUACGGGGACUUUGAGGACCUGGAAACGGGGGCGGUCCACAAAGCUCAGGAUGAGCAGAACAGUGAGAACGAUGAAGAGGAUGACGAGGAGGAUGGUGCAGAGGGCGUGAUGAAGGUGGAUGAGGAUGAGAAGCAGAAGAAGAAGCGCCUGGAUAAGAAGCGGCGGCUGAAGGAGAGGUUCGAUGCCGAGUACGAUGACGGCGAGGCCACGUACUUCGAUGACCUGAAGGAGGAGAUGCAGAAACAGGCCGAGCUCAACAGGGCGGAGUUUGAGGACGUGGACGAUGACACCAGAGUGCAGUACGAAGGCUUCAGACCGGGGAUGUACGUCAGAGUAGAGAUCUCCUCUCUGCCCUGUGAGUUUGUCGUUAACUUUGACCCCCAGUAUCCCAUCAUCCUCGGGGGGCUGGCCUCCAGUGAGGGCAACGUGGGAUACCUGCAGAUGCGUGUGAAGAAACACCGUUGGUACAGUCGUAUCCUGAAGACCAGAGACCCUCUGAUCCUGUCGUUGGGGUGGAGACGUUUUCAGACCAUCCCCCUGUAUCACAUUGAGGACCACAACGGACGCCACCGCCUGCUCAAAUACACGCCACAGCACAUGCACUGUGGAGCGUCCAUCUGGGGUCCGGUCACUCCUCAGGGGACGGGUUUCCUGGCGGUGCAGUCUGUGUCGGACACUAAAACCAAUAAUUUCCGUAUCGCAGCGACGGGAGUCGUUCUGGAUUUAGAUAAAUCUGUGACCGUCGUGAAGAAACUCAAACUGAUCGGUUACCCGUACAAGAUCUUCAAGAACACCAGCUUCAUCAAGGGAAUGUUCAACACGGUCCUGGAGGUGGCCAAGUUUGAAGGCGCCUCGGUGCGGACGGUGUCAGGAGUCCGAGGACAGAUCAAGAAAGCUCUGUCUUCACCCGCAGGAGCGUACAGAGCCACGUUUGAGGACCGCCUGCUCAUGAGCGACAUUGUGUUCCUGCGCUCCUGGUUCCCGGUCUCGGUCCCUCAGCUCUAUAACCCGGUCUCCUCCAUGCUGCUGCCCGUCGGGCAGAAGGACAGCUGGGCCGGCAUGAAGACGCUCGGACAGCUCAAACACGAGCUCGGCAUCCGCAACAAACCCAACGCCGACUCUCUGUACAAGCCGGUGGUCCGAGGUCCGAGGCGUUUUAACCCCCUCCACAUUCCCAAAGAGCUGCAGAAAGCCCUCCCCUUUAAGAGCAAACCCAAACUACAACAGGCCAAAGGAAAAGUUCCCCGAGACCUGAAGAGACCCAGCGUGAUCCGAGAGCCCCACGAGAGAAAGGUGGCUGCGCUGCUCCACGCUCUGAGCACAGUCCACAACCAAAAGAAGAAGAAAGCACACACGCUGCAGCACGCUAAACACAAGGAGUUCCUGCAGGAGAAGGAGAAACAGGAGGAUGCCAAGCUGAAGAGACAGAAGGAGGCGCGCAAAAAACUCUACCGCGUCAUGGGCCAGACAGAGCAGAGGAAGCAGAGGUCCAGCCUGAAGGGGGCGCCGCAGGAUGACUGACCUGCAUUUAGACUGAAUACAGGGAUACAUCCAGUCAGUGGACUGAGAGCUCUGCAGACUGAUGUGGACUGUUAAGAGUUUCUGUCACAGGAGCUUUUUGCUUUUUUGUGUUUCUAAGUGUGUGAAGAUUAACUGUAAAAACGUUCUUUUGUUUUAAUAAAACACAAAAUAACCUGAACUCA